AACAGGACGCCGUGUCUUCCGUUCUAGUUAGAAGAUUUUUCACGCGUUUCAUGUGUUAUCGUCCCCUUUAAACCGAGAAUCGUACAUAUAUGUUCAGCUUCAAUUGUACUGGAACGUUCAGUUAAAGGAAUGACCAAGAAAAGUUUUGCAGAAUGUUUCUGGGAUGUGGACUUCUGUAGCACUGCAGGAGCUGAUGCAGUGCUAAAAAGAACAAAGGAGGGAAGUCAGGUGUGCAAAGAUCUGGCAGAAUUUAUGAAGCAAAAGGCACAUAUAGAAGAAACCUAUGGCAAAGCAUUGGUCAGGCUGGCUAAGUUACCCUUGGGAAACCAGGAACUUGGGAAGACGCGGCUUAGUCUCGAAGCGAUGCGGACGAACGCCGAGCGCGAGGGCUUCGCACAUCUCGAGGGUGCCGUGAAGAUCACGGAGGAGCUCGCCAAAUUCACGGCGUUCAUCGAGGCCCAGCGCGCUACACGCAAACAGGUGGAGGAAACUAUGAAAAAAUGGCAGGCAAACAAGAAAAACUUGUACAAAAAGAGUAUGGAUGCAAAAAAGUUGUAUGAUAACAGAUGCAAAGAGGCAGACUUAUCCGAAACAGAGUUUGAUUUAAAGAAAACCUCAGCUCAACAGAAAGAUAUCAAUAAGUUGCAACAGAAGAAGCUGAAAUGCAUACACCUGGCACAUCAAGCAGAUGACCAGUAUAAGACUGCUAUUGUAGCUCUAGAGUCCACGCGUUCAAACUGGGAGAAGGAGACUGAGAUAGGCCUAACUGCGCUGCAACAUCUGGACAGGGAGAGACUCGCCUUCAUAAGAAAUGUGUCUUGGGUACACGUCAACAUAGGAUCGCUCAACUGCAUCCAGAUCGAUGACCUCAAUGAAGAUGUCAGAAUUGUAUUGGAAAAGUUUGACUAUGAACAGGAUAUUCAGGUGUUCAUACAGAGUGAACAGACAGGUACUAUGAGACCUGAGAAAGUUCUGUACGAGCCAUCCUGUACAAAGACAGCUAUGCGCAGGGCGGCGGCCCCUGACUACGACUCCACAGUACCUGUUCUGGACAGCGAAGAAGCGUCCAUCGACAACCAACUGUACGAGUCGGUAGAAGCCCUAGGGGGCGACACCGGGCAGACGUAUCGCGUCUUGUUCGACUACGCUGCAAGUGCCGGGCAGGAAGAGGAGAUGAGUAUUAAAGAUGGAGAGAUCCUUGAAGUCUUGGCACAGGUCGACGUUAACUGGUGCACAGCCAGAAAACCAGAUGGCACCACUGGUCUGGUUCCUUCAAACUACAUUAAGAAGGUGGAGGCUGUAUUGCACGAUAGAUUCUGAUUCCGAGGGCAUUAAUCAUUGUCCAUAGUUUCUUCAUAGUCGUAAUUUGGCACAGCGUCAUGUUGAAUGGAGUUUUAUCUGUAAUAUGAAUGUUGUAUCACGUGGUGCUCUGCUGCUACCUGGGACAUGAGAUAAUAGCAUACAAGCUUCUGUUAGAUCAUGGUGUUAUAACUAUGCAUAAUGUUACAUUGCAUAGCACUGUGUUACGUGGUAUUCUGCUACGUCGGACAUGAUGUAAUGGAACGUGGGGUUCCACGUCAUUGUGAUGUGUUACAUGAUGCAUGGUAAUUUGUAAGUUGAUGGUUAACUGGCAUUCCACAGGUAUGCAUUUGUAUAUGAAGAUAAAUUUGAUUCUUUUUCAAAUCAAAUUUUACCGACCAAAGAUAUACAUGUAUAUCAUCGUUAUUUUUAAUACAUUUAUAGUUGUUUAUAUUAUAAUGAAUCAGUUUUCAUACAUUUAUUAUAUAAAGUAAGUUUAGGUUAUAUUUUCAAGAGUUUAUGUGCAUUCCAUGCUUUGACAUUGAUUGCAAGGAUCAACUAAUGUUUAGCUACUUCAGAUAAUGUUCGUUUAUGGUCAUAAAUCAAUACCUACGCGGUCACAAUCUGCAUAACCUACAUUUAUCUCGUGUUUUUUUUUACCAUCAGAUACAUCAGGCCUCAUUACAUUUAUACUUGUUUAUAGUAUAACGAAGCAAUUUCAAAACAUUUAUUAUAUUUAGUGAAGUACACAUGUGUUUAUAUGAUAUUUUUCAUAGGUUUAGCAGCACUGUGUUUUACCUUACUGUUUCUUUAGCUGAAUUGUAAAGAUAAACUGUAUUUAUUAGUAUAGUAUUCUUUUAUAUAGAUAAUAUCCAUUCGUUCACCCAUUAGUAACUUAUGAGUAAUUAUGAUAGUAUUAUACCAAUAUGUAACUUAUGACUGCUAAUCUUGUGAUAUAAAACGAAAAUUUAAUUUUACCUAAUUUUUUAAAGGAAUGAAAGGAAUUUUUUGCUAAAAAAAAACUUGCAUGUUUAAUCGCCUAUAAUAACAUUUGUGUAAUACAUAUGCAGCCAGUUUCAAAUAAGUUGAUCGAGCCAGGUUUUCUAUUUACCACAAGCUGGUUACACAGCUUCCAGACCUCAGAGGAAACGCCUACAUAUUCUGUGUUUCUAGAAUGAGUGUUCCCGCAUUCAGCCCUACGUCCAGUGUGCUCCAGUUAGAGGGUACAAAUUCUUAUUCCGGGAUUCCUUUCCUGUGUUACAUCGCUAAUUAUUCAACUUGUAUGUUUGACUGUGUUUACUUGCAUUUAUAAUUGUGCUUGUAUUAUGAGAGUAUCAAAUCACUAUUGUGGUAGAGAUGGGACCUAUUGUUUUUAUAGUAGAACUGUCCGUAUGACCGCACCUCCAAUUAAAUAAUGGAGUCAAUGGGAAAACGUGGUUCAUGUUACGUUAGAUUAAACGUAGGGUAAUACUGUUAUUCCUUUACUACAUGUGUGCCAAAAUGCGUUUUAUCUGCCUCCUUGUUUAAAUUAUGUGUAGCAGUAAAGUCUGUCCAAUGUUUCAUACGAUCGCUGAUAAUAGAUAUUAUGAUAAUAUGCAUGAAAGAUUAAUAUUAUGGAUUACAUUUGUGUGGCAGUUCUUGUAACGCAUUCUAAGCAAAGAACUCCCACUAAAUACAUUCAUAUACUUGUUUUACGUAAAUUAUAUUUAUACAGAAAUAUUGUCAGUCUUAUUAAAACGUUUAAAAAAUAAAAA